ACAGCAAUCAUCUCUCAAGUUAGGGUUUCAUCUCUGGUUUUUCUUCUUCAACAAUCGUAAUUUCUCUGAUCUGAUAAUCUUGGAGGUUGAUUUUAAUUUGUUCAGAAAAGUCAGAUUCAGAAAAAAUCUGAGAAUUUUGAUAAUUAUUCAGGUGAAUGAUCUAAUGGAGUCUAAAGGUGGGAAGAAGUCUAGUAGUAAAUCCUCACUCUAUGAAGCACCCCUUGGCUACAGUAUUGAAGACGUUAGACCAAACGGUGGAAUCAAGAAGUUCAGAUCUGCUGCUUACUCUAACUGCGCUCGCAAACCUUCCUGACAUUCCUUAAGCUUCUAUUCUAGUCUAGCACGUGUCUCCUGACACAAAAAAUCCCAAAAAAAGCUUUUUCUUUCAAUUAGUUCGUGUUAAACCCUCACUCUUUUUCCCCUCCUUCAACUGCUUUCUGCAUUUGCUCUCCUUGUUUGUGAACAAUUUCCUCUAAAGGAGCAUUAGUUGCUGGGAACAUUUUUCAUCAUGGUGGCAUUGCCAGUUUCUGCCAUUGGUUUUGAAGGUUAUGAGAAGAGGCUUGAAAUUUCAUUUUUUGAGCCUGGCCUUUUUGCUGAUCCCGAAGGAAAAGGACUUCGAUCACUGUCAAAAGCACAAUUGGAUGAGUUCCUAGGACCUGCUGAGUGCACCAUAGUUGAUUCUCUUUCUAAUGAGUGUGUUGACUCCUAUGUCCUUUCUGAGUCCAGCCUCUUCAUUUAUCCUUACAAGAUAGUCAUCAAGACAUGUGGUACCACAAAGUUGCUUCUCUCAAUUCCGGUCAUCCUGAAGUUGGCUGAUACCCUUUCGCUCAAAGUACAAGCGGUGAAGUAUACCCGUGGGAGCUUCAUCUUCCCUGGUGCCCAGUCAUUUCCUCAUCGUCACUUCUCUGAAGAAGUUGCGGUCCUUGAUAGCUACUUUGGAAAUCUUAGUUCAGGCAGCAAAGCUGUAAUUUUGGGCAGUCAUGACAAUCUUCAAAAAUGGCAUGUUUACUCUGCCUCUGCUGGAUCGAUUCAGACUAAGAACCCUGUCUACACUCUUGAGAUGUGCAUGACUAAUCUGUUAAGGAAGAAGGCUUCUGUCUUUUACAAGACUGAAUCAAGCUCGGCAGCUGAAAUGACUAUUAGAUCCGGCAUAAGGAAGAUCCUCCCUAACUCUGAUAUAUGUGAUUUCGAGUUUGAUCCUUGUGGUUAUUCCAUGAAUUCUAUUGAAGGAGCUGCGCUUUCUACUAUUCAUGUUACACCAGAAGAUGGUUUUAGUUAUGCUAGCUUUGAAGCAGUUGGGUAUGAUUUGAACUCCUCGAGUCUCGGGUCACUGGUUAGGAGGGUGCUGACAUGUUUCCAGCCUGAUGAAUUUUCUGUUGCUUUGCAUGCUGAUUAUGUUGCUUGUGAGCUACUGGAGCGCAUUUGCUCUUUUGACGUUAAGGGCUACUCUCACGCUGAGUGGAGCCCAGAAGAACUUGGUAAGGGUGGUUUGAUUGUCUACCGGAAGUUCACUAGGAGUUCCCUCUGUGGAUCUCCCAAAUCUGUUCUGCAGGACUGCUGGAACGAAGAAGAGAAGAGAAACGAAGUAAAGGAGGUGUGUUGAGGGUUGUUUAGUUCAAUUACCAGUGUUGUUUGCAGAUGUUUUACUAUGUUUGGUUGCGUUGCGCCUUUGUUUUCUCCAAAUAAAUGGGCUUUAUGUCCUUAGAAUUAGUAACAAAAACUUUGAACUUAGUUUGCUCUUUUGCUUGUAUAUUGGAUUAUUUCCGUAUUUUGUUGUUCUCAAACUCGUUUGUUAUUUGGUUAUCCCUAAUAAAUGUGUGUUGUCCAGUGA